AAGAUGUGUGGAAAAGAUUGAUUUCACAUGUAAGUAUUCGCUGAUUACGAUCUCCCAAAGCUAAGAAAAUUGGAGCUGAUUUAUAGGUGCACCCCUGAUGAUUAGCUGUCACAGUGUUUUCAGUUGUUAGCGCAAGAUAUGCUUUAUGUCUCUUCUUUUAGCAUAACAGCAACAGUUGCCAGUAUUGGAGCAGCAGGAGUCCCCAAUGCUGGGCUUGUCACCAUGGUGAUAGUCUUAACGGCUGUUGGACUACCUGCCAGUGAUGUUACACUGAUAGUUGCUGUGGACUGGCUUCUGGACCGCUUCCGUACAAUGAUCAAUGUUCUGGGUGAUGCUUAUGGAGCCGGGAUUGUUCAGAAACUAUCCAAGAGGGAGUUGGAAAGGAUGGAUCUGAUUUCAGACGUGGAUGUUGCUAACCCGUUCGCCCUGGAAACAACUCUAGAUGACGAGGAAUGUGAGAAAAAAUCUUACGUCAAUGGAGGCUUCACUGUCGAUAAGACAGAUGCAAUUUCCUUCACAGAAACCUCCCAGUUUUAGCUUCCAGGUGGAUCACAGGAGAGAGAAAUGCCACACAUACAGGAAGGAUGCAACCAGCCCAUCCGAGUUCAAGCAUCAGCAACAGCGGCCUUCGUUAAGCUUAGAUGAACAUGAUCACCUGCCAUUUUAAAUAUUGAUAACCACUAGAUUCAAGUGCUUCCUUAAUAAUCUAAAUCUGUGCCAAGAUUUUGAAAAGCCACAUUUCUUUAGAUAAGACUGAAAAGCUUUUUGCAAAGAGCACUUUGUCACUAUGUCCUCCUUAUGAUAUAUCCCUUAAGUAGGGAUGUGGUGUUUGUGAGUCUGUAAUAAAAAAUGCAUAAUUUACUCCUUGACUAGGCAAGAAGACUCUAAAUAUCCCAUAAUUCACUGCUUGUGUAAUAAUUAGGGAUGCUCCGAUCAGGUUUUUUGUUGCCGAUUCCUAUACCGAUCAUCCAUGAGGCUGAUCUCUGCCGAUCACCUGUUAAUAUUUUGCUUUAUGUGUAAAUGAUAUUGGGUUAUCUGGCAAAAUGGAAAAAAUUAUCUGGCAAUAAAUUCACCUAAUUUAGAAAUAAUAGACAUAUUUUCAUACAUAUCUAAAACCUGUUUUUAAAAGUUACAUGCUGCAGCUGUAAACAGACGUUCGGUGUGAGAGACUUCACUGUCUUGUGGAGGUUGAGCGGCGUUACGUCUGUGAAAUAUGACUACCAGCAGCGAAUAGUGGUGGUCCAAGAGCUAGAGCAGAUCUGGCAGUUUUAGACUGCCAGCUCGAAGACUUGAAUUAUUUUUCGGGUUAUUUAUUUAGCUUUCUGACCUUGAAGCUAAUCCAGGUGAGUGUUGGUAGUUGUGCGCUGCUUUACCUGCUAUCUGGCCGCUUCGGAUGUCAAUGUAGCCAAACUCCAUCAAGUGUUUGUUUUUUAAAUGUCAUAUUACAUUUACUGUGUUGAUGCAUUUUGACGUGCUUCAGUCCCGAGGUAAUUUUCCGCCGCAACACACAAUCGUCUCCAUUCACUCUCAGAGCGUUAUGGUUCCACUCGACAGAAUCUGUUGCCAAGUGCUUGCACAGUUGCACGUUCACACUGUGCUUGCGCUGAUCACAGGUGAGGCAGGCUGCCUGCGAAGUCUGCCUCACUUGUGAAAUGAGGUAAAUAUGAUCGGUUUUGGUGAUCAGCAACAAGAGACAGUGAUCGGCAAUCUCCGAUUGGCAAUCACCGAUUGCCGAUCACUUUUUCACGGAAAUCGGACGAUUAUGAUCAGUGACCGAUCGAUCAGCACACCUCUGUGCCAAAUGUAUGACAAGUUUUUAUUUUGCCAAGUUGCAUGAAGCAAUAUGCUAUGAUUACUUAUCUGUGGCUGCAGACCAACUGUUAGUGAGAACUUUUUAAAGACUGGUGGAUGCAUAUUGAAAAUUGAUGGCUGAUAUUAAUGAACAAUGUGAAAUUCCACUUUCCACUAAGACAGCUGUUAAUGAUGUAUUGCCAAAUAAGAAAAAAUAUAAAACUGUCCCCUACCCAUUGGUGUUUUUGUUGCUGCCAGACAUCGGAGCCUGUUUGUGUUUGUUUGGCCUUCAUUAUGAAUUGAUGAUUUUUUUUUUUUUGUAAUUUAUAAAAUUUCUGUCAAUAAAGACAGUUUUAUGUCUUUAAUAGACUAAAAGGUAGACCAGUACAAUAAACUGCUGAACAUAUAGCUCUA